UGAUACAUCUGCGGUCACACUGCCGGCACCGGCCCACAUGUUGAAAUUUUGUAAAAAUGCAGACUUUACGUGAAUUUACGCGUAAAACUAAGCGUGGAAACAUCCUGAAGAUUGUACGAGAGCAUUACCUGCGUGAUGACAUCGGCUGCGGCUCGGAUCUGUGCAAAUAUUGCUUUCAAAACGAGGUUUAUCAGUUGACGUCGCAGCAUGAGAUCGCCAGCAGCCUCUUCAAGUUUCCCCACUACCUGGUGUUGGACACCAAUGUGGUGCUCGAUCAGAUCGAUGUGCUGGAGGAGGACGUGUUGCACAAUGUGAUUGUGCUGACCACAGUGCUGAACGAGGUGAAGCACAAAAGCUCGUCCAUCUACAAGCGCUUCAACGAGAUCAUUCACGAUCGCACCAGGAAUUUCUAUGUUUUCGUUAAUGAGCAUCACAAGGACACGUAUGCCGAUCGGGAUCCGGGUGAAACUGCCAACGAUCGCAAUGAUCGCGCCAUUCGGAUGGCCACCAAGUGGUAUGACACCCAUCUGGAGACAUCGCAGUCGUCCAAGGAGUUUGAGCGAAGCGGCAGGGCCAAUACUCGUGUUGUCCUGAUCACCGACGAUGCCGGUAAUCGCGCCAAAGCGGAGGCAGAAGGUAUUUUGGUUGCCACAGCCAGUGAGUAUGUGAAAUCUCUGGAGGAAUUCCCCCUGCUGGUGGACAAAUUGUCGCACAAAACGUUCGACAACGAGAAGCAAGCAUUGCCGCAGUAUCCAGCCCAUUUGAGCAUGAAGCAGGUGCUCGAAGGUCUGCGCCUGAAAAAGCUGUUGCAGGGAGCCUUCCAGGCCUCCAGAGAGAACUACCUCGAAGGCAGCGUCAAUGUGGAGACGUACGAGAAGGGCAUUCUAAUUCAAGGCCGAGAGUUUCUUAACCGUGCGGUGGAUGGCGACUUGGUGGCGGUGGAACUUCUGCCGGAAAGCGAGUGGUCGGCGCCCAGUGAGAUUGUACUGGAGGAGAAGAACGUCUACGCUGACGAUGUGCCCAGCGAGGAGCGUGCCGAGGAGGAGAAGGACAUGCUGCAGCAAGUCCAGCAAGCGGCCGCUGCCGCCUCCGCAGAGCGCAUUCCCACUGGCCGGAUUGUGGGCAUCGUGCGCCGCAAGUGGCGGCAAUACUGUGGCAUCUUGCAGCCCAGCCUGAUUGAGAACACGAAUCGUCAUAUUUUUGUGCCCGCCGAUCGCAAGAUUCCACGCAUCCGCAUAGAGACGCGUCAGGCGGCCAAACUGCAGAAUCAGCGUAUCAUUGUGACGAUCGAUACGUGGCCCCGGAACUCGCGCUAUCCGCAGGGGCACUUUGUGCGCUCUCUGGGACCGCUCGGGGACAUGGCCACUGAGAAUGAGGUGAUACUGCUGGAGCACGAUGUCCCCCACUGCAAGUUCUCGGAGGAAGUGCUCAGCUUUCUGCCAAAAAUGCCCUGGUCCAUCACCGCGGAGGACUAUGCCAAGCGUGUGGAUCUGCGUGAUCUGUACAUUUGUUCGGUGGAUCCGCCCGGCUGCACGGACAUCGAUGAUGCUCUCCAUUGUCGCGAGCUGCCCAAUGGCAAUUUCGAGGUGGGCGUCCACAUAGCCGAUGUCAGUCACUUUAUUCGGCCCGGUAAUGCCAUGGACCAGGAGGCUGCUGCCCGCGGCACCACCGUGUAUUUGGUGGGCAAGCGCAUAGACAUGGUGCCCGAGUUGCUUAGCUCCAAUCUGUGCUCGCUGGUGGGCGGCGUCGAGCGUUUUGCCUUCUCCUGUGUGUGGGAGGUGGACAAGGAGGCGAAUGUGAUUGACAAACGCUUCCACAAGAGCGUGAUCAAGUCGAAGCGAGCCAUGACAUACGAGGAGGCGCAGGUACUGAUCGAUGAUGAGACACAGCAAAAUGAAAUUGCCAAAUCUCUAAGGCAUCUGAAUCGUCUGGCCAAGAUCCUCAAGAAGCGACGCAUGGAUAAUGGUGCCCUGGUUCUGGCCUCACCUGAGAUUCGUUUUCAGGUGGACAGCGAAACGCAUGAGCCGCUCGAGGUGGAGGCCAAGCAGAUGCGCGAAACCAACUCCAUGGUAGAGGAAUUCAUGUUGCUGGCCAAUAUCACAGUGGCGGAGCACAUUGCCUCCGAGUUCACUGAAUGCGCUGUCCUGCGUCGCCAUCCCAAGCCACCGGCCACCAAUUUUGAUCCGCUGGUUAAGGCUGCCCGCUAUCAGGGCUUCCAGGUGGACAUAGAGUCGGGCCUCGUGCUGUCACACUCGCUGGACAAGUGCGUGAAGGAGGACAAUCCAUAUUUCAAUACGAUGAUUCGCAUUUUAACCACUCGCUGCAUGAUGCAGGCAGUUUACUUCAUCAGCGGCAGCCUGCAGAAGGAGGAGUUCUUCCAUUACGGCCUGGCCGCGCCCAUUUACACACAUUUCACAUCGCCCAUUCGCCGGUACUCGGACAUAAUGGUGCAUCGGCUGCUGGCCGCUUCGAUUGGGGCCGACAGCACAUAUGCCCAGCUGCUGGAGCGCAAAUCGAAUGAGGAGCUGUGCCACAACCUCAACUAUCGUCAUAAGAUGGCUCAGUAUGCGGGACGCGCCUCAGUGGGUCUCAACACGCAUCUAUUUUUCCGCGGCAAGGAGGAGGACGAAGAAGCCUAUGUCCUGUUCGUGCGAAAGAAUGCCCUGCAAGUGCUCAUACCCAAGUACGGCCUCGAGGGCACUUUGUAUUUGAAGACCGACAAAGACGGCAAGGAUGGCGUGGAGCGCACCAAGAGCGAGAUCAUAUUCACAUUCAAUGAGGAGGAUCACACGCAGCGGUGCGGCAAUGUGGUUUUCCAUUCCUUUGAUCCAGUCACUGUACGUUUGAGUCUGGAUUCGUCCAAUGUGCAGCACGAGAAGUUGGUCUUUCGACUGGUCAAGCCCUACAUCAAGGGAUUCAGUGUGGAGCCAACUACAGAUGCGGAUAAUCCACCCGCAAAAAAGACCAAGAAGGAUAAUAAAAAGAAGAACUAAGAGGCACUCAUAUUCUUAUUCAUUCUACACUUUCUUUUUGUAACUAAGUUAAGCUGAUAAAAAAAUAUUAAAUUACAUUACUAUUUUGUGUAUACGGCAGAA